CUUCAAAGUGUAGUUUUAAAUACUAAAAUUGUAAAAACUCGUGUAUUAUUACCGUCGGUAAUUUGCCGAGUGUUUUAUGUUAGUUCUUAAUUACUGUUAUUUUACUUUUUCGUACGUUAAACUAUUAGUAUAAUUUAAACAAAUCUUUAAUUAAAUUGAUAAUCUGACUUUUCCAGUAUGCCAUCCGAUGCUAAAAAAAGACAGCAAGCACAAAAGAAAAAUGCAGCUAAAGCUCGGCAAACUACUAAAACAGUUCCACAAAAAGCCAAUGAAACUAAUGGAACAUUAAAUGGUAGUGAUUCUAAUGUUCCCAUUAGUGAAGAAGAGUUAUUAUGUAAGAAAUUGGAAGCUGAUGCAAAAUUAAAUGCUGAGGCACGUGCAUGUACUGGUAGUUUAGCAUCACAUCCUAGAUCUAGAGAUAUUAAAAUUGAUAAUUUAUCUAUAAGUUUUCAUGGCUGUGAGUUAUUACAAGAUACAAUGUUAGAGUUAAAUUGUGGCCGACGAUAUGGUCUAAUUGGACUUAACGGAAGUGGAAAAUCAACACUUUUAUCAGUAUUAGGAAAUCGUGAAGUUCCAAUUCCAGAACAAAUUGACAUUUUUCACUUGACUAGAGAAAUGCCAGCAUCUGAAAAAUCUGCACUUCAAUGCGUAAUGGAAGUAGAUCAAGAAAAAAUUAGACUUGAAAAAUUAGUGGAUGAACUUGUAGCAUGUACUGAUGAUGAGUCUCAAGAACAACUUAUGGAUAUUUAUGAAAGAUUAGAUGAUAUUAGUGCUGAUACUGCUGAGGCUCGAGCUGCUAAUAUAUUGCACGGUCUUGGCUUUACAAAAGAAAUGCAAAACAAAAAGACUAAAGAUUUUUCAGGAGGUUGGAGGAUGCGAAUUGCUUUGGCUAGAGCACUUUAUGUUACUCCUCAUUUAUUAUUACUUGAUGAGCCAACAAAUCAUUUAGAUUUGGAUGCUUGUGUAUGGCUUGAAGAAGAAUUAAAAACAUACAAAAGAAUAUUAGUAAUUAUAUCUCACUCUCAAGAUUUUUUGAAUGGAAUAUGCACCAAUACCAUUCAUUUGGAUAAAAAAAGGCUCAAGUACUAUGGUGGUAAUUAUGAUGCUUUUGUGCGAACAAGAGUAGAACAGCUAGAAAACCAAAUGAAACAAUACAAUUGGGAACAAGAUCAAAUAUCUCAUAUGAAAAAUUAUAUUGCUCGAUUCGGACAUGGAAGUGCUAAACUUGCUAGACAAGCUCAAAGUAAAGAAAAAACAUUAGCCAAAAUGGUUGCUCAAGGUCUAACUGAAAAAGUUACCAAUGAUAAAUUAGUAACUUUUCAUUUUCCUUCUUGUGGGACUAUACCACCGCCUGUUAUUAUGGUUCAGAAUGUCAGUUUUCAAUAUAAUGAAAAUACACCAUAUAUUUAUAAAAACUUAGAAUUUGGUAUUGAUUUGGAUACAAGACUUGCAUUAGUAGGACCUAAUGGAGCAGGAAAAAGUACCCUUUUGAAAUUAUUGUAUGGUGAAUUAUUCCCUACUGAAGGAAUGAUUCGUAAGAAUUCUCAUCUACGAAUUGCUAGGUAUCAUCAACAUCUUCAUGAAUUGCUUGACUUAGAUCUGUCACCACUUGAUUACAUGAUGCAAUCAUUUCCAGAAGUUAAAGAACGAGAAGAAAUGAGAAAAAUUAUUGGUCGUUAUGGAUUAACUGGAAGGCAACAAGUUUGUCCUAUUCGUCAACUAAGUGAUGGUCAAAGAUGUAGAGUAGUAUUUGCAUACUUGGCUUGGCAAGUUCCUCACUUAUUACUUCUUGAUGAACCUACUAACCAUUUAGAUAUGGAGACCAUUGAUUCUUUGGCAGAUGCUAUAAAUGACUUUGAUGGAGGCAUGGUUUUAGUUAGUCACGACUUUAGGCUUAUUUCUCAAGUAGCUGAAGAAAUUUGGGUUUGUGAAAAAGGUACAGUCACUAAAUGGCAAUCAGGUAUUUUGGAUUACAAAGAACAUUUGAAAAAGAAGGUUUUGAAAAAUAAUGCUGAUGCUGCUAUCAAACGUUAAUAUAACAAUUCUUAAAUUUUUUUUUGAGUUCUGCAGUUUAACAACUUUUGAGUGUUGAGGAGUUUUAUGAUAAUAAAAUAUACUCAAUUAUAUUUUAA